AUGGCCGAACCACCAUCUUCCCCGCCUCGUGGCGACAUGACCACAGAGGAGACCCUGGCCUGGUACAAAAACCAAUAUGAGCAGUUAGCUGCCGAACUGACGGAAUUCCGCGAGUCCAGCCAUGAACUGGAAGCCGAGCUGGAGAAGGAUUUGGAGGCUGCCGACAAGCGAGAGCGAAAACUGAGGGAGAGGGCCGAAGGAUUGCAGUUUGAAGUCGACGAGUGGAAGGAGAAGUGCAGAAAGGCAAAGUCGGAUGCGAACUCGGCCCAGGCCAACCUGGAGAAGGAGAUCACAACCCUCCGCGACACAAACAGAACCCUUCAGCUCCGAUUGCGCGACAUCGAGGUAGUCAACGAUGACUUUGAAAGGCAGGCCCGAAACACCACCUCGACCCUCGAGGAUAUGGAAUCCAAGUACAACCAGGCUAUUGAACGCAACGUCAUGAUGGAGGAGGAGGUCAGGAUAGGAGAGAAAGAGCGAGAGACGUUGCGAAUCGAGGCCCAACGACUGCGCGAAGAACUGUCCGACCUCAAGGUGGAAGCGGAGAUCCUGCAAGACAAGGUCAAGAAGGCCGAAAACCGCCACCUCUCGACCAUUUCCACCGAUAUCUCCAUUCCCGAAUCGCCCGUCUUCGGAAACUCACCACGCUCGACGGCGAGCUCACCACUCAUCACUACCCCUCCAGACGUGAUCGCUCUGCCACCGCCAAGAAAAGGAGCACCAAUGCUCACUGAUCCGCCAUCGCCGCCCAGGUCUGACACAUCCGCUUCGCUGCCAAAGCCUUCUUCUCGGCUAAGGACACCAGCGCCGUCCUCCCAAAAGAGGUCUAGGUUGCCAUCCAUUGCCGAUAAAAGCGUCACGCCGAAGCCGAGGGCGCUCACUUCCUCCACCACAACCCGACCUGCCGGCAUGCGUGCCGCUACCCAGACACGUAGUCCCGCUGCUGCUGCUGCUGCGAGGCCGACCACCACCAACCGUGCAGCAUCCCACAGAGUACCGCCAUCCGCAUCACUCAACCACAUCCGUACUCUUACGGCUCAGAUGCAACGCCUUGAAGCCCGCGUCCAGAACGCUCGAUCCAAGCUGCCCGCCCCAACCACAACUCCCCCGAGAGCAUCGCCCCGCUCCGUCCUUGGCGGAAUACCCUCUUCGGUUACUGUCCGGAGUCGGAAGCGCGGUCUUGGCUCUUCUGCCUCGUCUACCGCCGAAGACACUCCGAGUCAGACUACCAACAAUAGCCGUGCUGUAAAGCAUGUACCAAGGCUUAGUUCAUCUGGCGUCUCCCGCCUAUCCUUCGGCCCCCUGCCCAACAGGACCAACAAUUACGAUCCCGAUGCGAGCUCAGUCUCCAUGUCCCGUCCCAGCAGCCGAGCUAGUAUCUCGUCCUCCCAGUUUGCGAGACCCGAGAGACCAGCAUCUCGCUCGGAAAUCGGACGCCCUCCAUCCAGAGCCUCUCUGACUGGGGCUCGGACACCGAUGGGUUUGCGACCUCGCAGCUCCAUGGGUGGUAGCAUGCGCGGUCACGGCCACGGCCACUCACAGAGUAUCGGUCAGCCAAUCGAGUUUGACGAAGCCGACGAAGCAGACGAAGGCCGUACACCAAGUCGCAGGGGAACCUUCAGCAAGUACGACACAGACGGCGGCGCGAGUGGUAUUCCCAUGCCAAGGCGGCAAAGUGGCGCCGCCUCAUCCAGGCGAUCUAGCGUUGGCAUCCCGGGAAACACCUUGGCCGACCUUGGAGAGACCUACUAG